CACACACUCGUUUGUUUUAACUCCUGCAGCAAUGUUCACCAACGCUCUCCUUUCGUUGGCGCUGGUCGCCCCGAUCCUUGCGCUGCCAGCGCCUCAGCCAAUGGUCAUCUCGGAUACUACGAAGCAGAAGCCAACAUCGCUCUGUGGCGUUUCCGAUAGCGUUGUUCUGACCGAUACUCCCUGGAUUGUUUACAACAUGAUGUACAAUCAGGCUUUGACAGUCGGAACCCAGUGCACCAACUAUGACCAUGUUGCAACAGGAUCAGAUGGCAACAAGAAGAUCACCUGGGGCGCUGUCUCCAACAUCGACUAUGUCAAAUCGACCGAUAACAUUCCUAAGGGUUACUCGUUCAUUGGCCUUACGCAAAACCUCGAGACCAAGCUUUCGGCCAUCAAGUCCAUCCCAAGCACCUACGACUGGACUCGCACGAACACCACUGCCUACAAAGGAAACAUCUGUUUCGACUUCAUGACUUCGGACACCAAGGGCGACUCUACAUCCACCAACGCCCAAGAGUUAAUGCUAUGGCUCGAGUACACAGGCGGUCAGCUUCCUAUCGGCUGGACUGCCGGUCCUAAGGCUACUAUUAGCGACUUGUAUGGCACCAGUUGGAAGCUGUAUCAGGGCAAGAACGAUGACACUGGUAUCACUGUGAGCAGUCUGCUGCCUGAUAAGCAGUUCACUGGCACUUUCAGUGGUGACAUCAAGUACUGGUUGGAUGCGCUUGUCAAGAUCGGCGUCUUUAAGGAUAGCACCUACGUCAACGUUGGCAACGCCGGUACCGAGCCCUUCUACGGAAAGGCUGUCAUGAACGCCACUUUGGGUCUGCAGAUUAACUUGUAGGAUGUAUGCAGAUGAUUUUAAGAUCUAAAUGGACUGUGAUGGUGUGCAUUGUGUGCUAUGCUGGUGCCGCAGGCGUGCUUGCUUGUCGCGCCUGUCUCACGUGGUGAGGUGAGCACACAGUCCAAAUGCUUGUAAAAUACGUUAGUCUAGACUACGCAAAGACAGAUAACCCAAUAGACCUCUGGUAGAGUGCUAGGAGGCAUAGGAAUCAGCAUAGUAAAUAACUAGUAGUAGUUAGUAAAGAUACUUGAACUGCGUGAGGAG